UGUCUUUCCAUUGCUUGAUCCAACGCUCAUCAUUCUAUACCAAACAGCUCCUUUUCUUCUUCUUCUCUUCAUAUUCCCCUCUGGUUUUUAAGGUUGUUCCUGUGAAUCAUUGACCAACAAAGGGAACUCAACUUUUUUAGCUCAAAGAACCAAACUUUCCCUCAAACGAAGAUGACCCAGAUCCUCAAUCUUGUUCUUGGAGUGGUUGCCAUUGCAGUUGCGGCCAUUAUCAUCUUCAUCUUCUUGAAAAGAAGGGGAAAAGGGAAGGAUGAAUACAACGACACAGAGAGGAACCAGGAGAGGGAAAAUGGGGAAGAAGAGAGAGAAGAAUUGGUGAGUUUUCAUGGCGGACAGGAUCUUACCAUUGUUGAUAUAUUGGAAGCUCCAGGGGAAGUGAUUGGAAAAGCCAGCCAUGGAACUCUGUAUAAGGCCUACCUGCAAGGAAGCAGCACUGUGAGGCUGCUGAGGUUCCUGAGGCCACUUUGUACUACUGGGUUUGAGGCUUUUGUUGCUCAGAUUGAGUUCUUGGGUGACAUUAGGCACCAAAAUUUGGUGCCUCUUUUGGGAUUCUAUUCAGGUCCAAGAACAGAGAAGCUCCUGAUUCAUCCAUUUUACAGGCAUGGGAAUCUGGCUCAGUUCAUUAGAGAUGGGAACAGCGACUCGCAUCGAUGGGCGGUAAUAAACAAGAUCUCGAUUGGUAUAGCGAAAGGAUUGGAUCAUCUCCAUACUGGUUUGCAAAAGCCAACAAUCCAUGGGAAUCUACAGGCAAAGAAUGUUCUUUUGAAUCGAAACUACGAACCGUUGGUGUCGGAUUUCGGCCUACAUUUGCUGUUGAAUUCAUCUUCUGCACAAGAGUUGGUUGAAGCUUCAGCAGGCAAUGGCUACAAAGCUCCUGAGUUGAUCAAGAUGAAGGAUGCAAAUGAGAAGAGCGAUAUCUAUAGCUACGGCGUAAUCUUAUUUGAGUUACUGUCCGGAAAGGAACCGAUCGACAAAAAAGCGAGUCCCGGUGAGGAUUGUUACUUGCCUAACGUCAUGAGAAAUGCUGUUCUUGAGUAUAGAAUUGGAGAGCUGUUUCAUCCUGAAAUACUUGUAUUUAGUAGCGUUGAUGGAAACAGCGUCACUGAAGAAAAGAUACUCAAAUUCUUUCAGAUUGCUAUGGCUUGCUGUUCUCCUUCUCCAGCUCUUAGGCCAAGUAUGAAGCGAGUGCUUCAAAAGCUCAACGAAAUCAGCACAUAAUUGAUCUUUUGGAAGAGGUUUUAGAACAAGUCGGUAUCAGGAUGGGGGAGUAAAUCCACCCCUAUUGUGAGAUCUCGCAUUGGUUGGAGAGGGGAACGAAUCAUUCUUUAUACGAGUGUUUUA